UCCGUCCUUAUUUCUAAGGUCCUUCAAAUAGUCUAAGUGAGGGAUUAUGGGCUGUUGAGAGGUUUUACUCGGCUUGAGUGUUCCCUGAAGACUUAGAUUUUCUUCCAUUUCUUCUCUAUAAUUAUGAGAUUUCCACAUCGAGCUGGAUUUUGCCUUGGGAUGUCUUUCUAGAUGUGAGAAUGUUCUUUUUUCCGAUACCCAUAUUUUUUAGAAGCUUUUUAUUUCUGUUGGGAAGAUAUAGACAUUCAAAUAUAAUUUGGCAUUCUGUUAUAUUUAUUUCCCCGCCUAUUUUCCAUCCUCAUUUUCUCUCUAUUUAAGCUCUUCCCAAAUACCCCAUUUUUACUAGUUCAGUUGCUCAGUUCUGUGUGUGUUAUAAUUUAUUCAGCGCCUUAUGCUUCCACAGUUAUAUUGAUUUGACUUAAUACUCGUUUGUGUACUCGUUUGUUGUAACGAGUACACAACAAUUUCUCUCCCCUCCAUUACUUAUGCUUCGCCUUUACUUUGUUUUUGAUUUUAAAUUUCUUCAUAUUCUUUUCAGAGUAUUUUUUUCAAAAAUGUUAACAACGACAAAGUUUAUUCUGAUCUCUUCAAUUCUUUUAUUUUUGUCAAUAUCUCAUGGUCUUGGACGUGAUGAGGGAGCCAAAAACGAUUCUGCCAAACCUAAGGAUAAAGACAAAAAAUAUGGAACGAUUAUUGGAAUCGAUUUGGGAACAACCUAUUCUUGUGUUGGUGUCUAUAAAAAUGGACGUGUCGAAAUUAUUGCAAACGAUCAAGGUAACCGUAUUACUCCAUCCUACGUGGCGUUUACUGAAAAUGGUGAAAGGUUGAUUGGGGACGCGGCAAAGAACCAGUUGACGUUGAACCCGGAAAAUACAAUCUUCGAUGCAAAACGUUUAAUUGGAAGGGAGUUCACGGACAAGACUGUCCAGGAUGACAUGAAGUUGUGGCCGUUCGGGGUUGCUGAUAAAGCUAACAAGCCACACAUCAAGGCUAACGUCAACGGAGAAAUCAAACAAUUUGCUCCAGAAGAGAUUUCAGCAAUGGUUCUUGGAAAAAUGAAGGAAAUUGCCGAAGCCUAUUUGGGUCAUGAAGUUACGCAUGCUGUGGUUACGGUCCCCGCCUACUUUAACGAUGCUCAACGUCAAGCUACCAAAGAUGCUGGAACCAUCUCUGGACUUAAUGUUGUUCGUAUUAUUAAUGAACCAACAGCUGCGGCAAUUGCUUAUGGAUUGGACAAGAAAGAAGGGGAACGCAACAUUCUUGUCUUUGACCUUGGCGGAGGCACCUUCGACGUCUCAUUGUUGACUAUCGAUAAUGGAGUUUUCGAAGUGUUGGCAACAAAUGGCGACACUCACUUGGGAGGUGAAGAUUUCGACCAGAGGACGAUGGAAUACUUUAUCAAAUUAAUCAAAAAGAAGACUGGAAAGGAUUUGAGGAAGGAUAACCGUGCAGUUCAAAAACUUCGUCGUGAGGUCGAAAAGGCAAAGAGAGCCCUCUCAGUCCAGCACCAAGUCAAAAUGGAAGUUGAAUCCUUAAUUGAUGGAAUUGAUUUUGCUGAAACUUUAACUCGUGCCAAAUUUGAAGAAUUAAAUAUGGAUUUGUUUAGAGGAACACUUAAACCUGUACAAAAAGUUUUGGAAGAUGCAGAUAUGAAGAAGGAUGAUAUUCAUGAGAUUGUUUUGGUUGGUGGAUCAACAAGAAUUCCAAAAAUUCAACAAUUAUUAAAAGAUUUCUUUAAUGGAAAAGAACCUUCGCGUGGUAUUAAUCCAGAUGAGGCUGUUGCUUAUGGUGCUGCUGUUCAAGCUGGAGUAAUUUCUGGAGAAGAAGACACCGAAAUUGUUUUGUUGGACGUCAAUCCAUUAACUCUCGGUAUUGAAACUGUUGGUGGUGUAAUGACAAAGUUGAUCAAUCGAAACACUGUUAUCCCAACCAAAAAAGCACAAGUUUUCUCUACUGCGGCAGAUAAUCAACCAACUGUCACAAUCCAGGUCUAUGAAGGAGAACGUCCAAUGACUAAAGACAACCACAUGCUUGGAAAAUUCGAUUUGACAGGAAUUCCACCAGCACCUCGUGGUGUACCACAAAUUGAGGUAACCUUUGAAAUCGACGUCAAUGGAAUCCUUCAUGUAACAGCUGAAGAUAAAGGAACUGGAAAUAAAAAUAAAAUCACCAUCACAAAUGAUCACAACCGUUUGUCUCCUGAAGAUAUUGAAAGAAUGGUUAAUGAUGCGGAGAAGUUUGCUGAGGAAGAUAAACGUGUUAAAGAAACUGUUACAUUACGUAAUGAAUUGGAAUCACAUGCAUAUCAACUUAAAAACCAGAUUGAUGACAAAGAAAAACUUGGUGGAAAAUUGUCUGAUGAUGAUAAGAAAACAAUUGAAACUUCUGUUGAUCAAGUAAUUUCAUGGUUGGAUGCCAAUAGAGAAGCAACUGUUGAAGAAUUGGAGGCCCGCAAAAAAGAGUUUGAAUCAAAAGUGCAGCCAAUUAUUACAAAAUUGUAUGCUGCUGGAGGUGGACCUCCACCACCAGGUUAUGAUGGAGGUGCUGGUGGAACUCCUCCUGGUGGGGAAGAAAAGGAUGAGCUUUGA